AUGGCCUACUUUCGAAUCUACUACAGAGCCGAGGAUCAACGCCUGUGCUUGGAUGCGGGACUAGCACAUGGCCUUCACCCGAACGACGAGUAUGCCGUAUACCCGCUCAGCUCAGAGGAUGCCACCAACCAGUCGGAUAUUGAUAUCUUGGCAACGGUUCGAGUCGAGAAUGUUGGCCCGCUUACGUCGGAGGUGGCCACAACCGGACAGGAGAGAACCAAUUUGAAACAGGGCCAUGCCGACUGCUGGAUAGCAAAGUCAUUGACUGCCCGCUCACGUCAAAGGGUAUCGGUGCGGCUCGCUGCCAGCGCCCACAAGCUCCUCAAUCAUAUCCAACAGACUAGGGGCUCGGAUGGACAACGAUGGCUACGCCUGUGCACAAAGGAUGAGCGGGAGGCAUGCAUGUUUAACCUUGCGGUGAACGACCGCCAGGAGCACGAAAUACUCGACGGGACGCUGCAGAGAAUUCGCAGCCUGCCUACGGUAUCCAUCGACACCCCGGACGCAGAGCACCAUGUCUUGGGACUCUUGGCUACGUUACAACACCUCGCCGAGUUCAAGUACGCCGAGGGUAUCGAGAACCGGCUCCCGAAUUCCUCUCUUGAAGCUCCAUUCUCGCUCCUCUCCUCUGCAGACGGCAAGGCGCCCGGCGCUUCGGCAGUUCACGAUAUCGAACACGGCGGCAUAUGGCGCCUCGCUCUCGACACUCCUCGCAGACUUGACAAGACCCUUGCGAGGGCCAAAUUACCCGGGACAGGAAGCAUGGGCAACUCGGAGCUUCAUCAUACGCACCGCGAUGCACGGGAACGACUGAAAACAGGUACUUCAUUUUUCAACUAG